AUGGAUCAAGCUCCAAGCAUCGCUUGCCGCUUUAACGGCUGCGAAAACAUCGCACUACCCAACCUCGCCAAGUGCGACUUUCACCGCCAUCGGCUGCCGUGUCAAGUGCACGACUGCAACAACAUUGUACACGACGGCUGCGAUGCCAACGCCCGGGGUGGCGGCUUCUGCGCCCGCCACGCCAAGGUGCACGUCAAGCACGUCUGUCUUGAGCCGCUCUGCAACAGCGUCGCCCACGCCAAAAGCAAAUGUGUGCGCCAUGGGGGCGGACGCCGCUGCCGCGAGCCCGAGUGCCAUACGCUUGCUCGCUCGGGUGGCUUUUGCCGCCGCCAUGCCGACGGUCCAAUGAAAAUGGAUGACGAGCCGAACUGGCACGACAUUGAGGUCGGCAUGGACCAUGUUCCGACCUUUGAAGACCUGGACCAAUCAAUCUUGGACUGCAUCUUGGCAACGACAGAGCCCAUGAUGACGACCAUGCUGUUUUAG